CUUGUUUAGUCUAACCAUUGUCAUGGAGAUCCCUUUGGCCUUAAGAAAGUAAAAUAAGAGACGGGGGAAAAAACUAAGAGAAGGUUUUAAAAAAAAAAUUAAGAAGAUGAAGUAUACUUGGCUCAUAUCCUUUGUUUUCUCUGUCUCAUUUUUAGCCUUUGUCAUUGGAGAGACUGAUGAGGAGUAUUGGAGGAGGAGGGAGAUACAAGCCCAAGAAAUUGCAAGAGCAACUUAUGUUCCUGACCCUUUCUCUGUCACAAGCUCUUUCAAUGCAGCUGUUCACAAGUCAAUGGACAAGAAUAGCACAAGGAGAGGCCUACUGAAGGGGGGCUCAUGUAAAGCCACCAACCCGAUCGACCGCUGCUUUCGGUGCCGCGCCAACUGGGCCGAAGACCGCCAGCGUCUGGCAAACUGCGGCAAGGGGUUUGGCCGCAAAGCCUAUGGUGGGGGCAAGAAGAGUGAGAUCUACGUCGUGACCGACGACUCCGAUGACGACAUGGAGAAUCCUAAGGAGGGCACCUUACGGUGGGGAGUCAUCCAAGAUAAGCCCCUGUGGAUCAUAUUCGAACGAGACAUGGUCAUAAGCCUUAAGGAAGAGCUCAUCAUCAACAGCUGGAAGACCAUCGACGGCCGGGGCGCCAAAGUCGAGAUCGCCCACGGCGCGGGGAUCACCAUCCAGUUCGUUACGAACGUUAUCAUCCACAACAUCCACAUCCACCAUAUCGUCUCCAAGGAGGGAGGGAUAAUACGCGACAGCCUAACACACAUGGGCCUGCGGACGCAGAGCGACGGGGACGGGAUCUCGAUCUUUGGCGCGUCGAAUGUAUGGCUCGAUCAUCUGACGAUGUCAAACUGCGACGACGGGCUCAUCGACGUGAUAUGGGCAUCAACAGGCGUGACAGUCUCAAACUGUUACUUCACGGAACACGACAAGGUCAUGUUGUUGGGAGCCGAUAAGGCGCACCAGAACGAUAGCGUCAUGCAAGUGACAGUUGCAUUCAACCGGUUCGGAGCAAAGUGUAGGCAGAGGAUGCCCAGGGGUCGGUACGGGUUCGUGCACAUUGUCAAUAAUGACUACAACGAAUGGGGAUUAUCUGCAAUUGGUGGUAGUGAGCAUCCAACUAUGAUCAGCCAAGGAAACAGAUACAGCGCUGGUUUCAUUAAAGCGGUCUGCCAUAGGGAUUAUGCUGCGGAAUGGGAGUGGAAAGAAUGGAACUGGACUUCCGAAGGGGAUAUUUUCCUGAACGGCGCCUACUUCAACGCGUCGGGAGUGAGUAGCUCCUCCGACGUCACCAAGAACUUCUCCAGGUACGACGUGUUCAAGGCGAAGCCUGGAACGUUCGUCCGUAGGCUCACUCGCCACGUAGGCGCGCUCAACUGCAAGGUCGGCGAACCAUGUUGAUUGCAGCCGGAGCAGAUCGAAAGAUCGGGAAGAAGCAAACAAGAGUUAGAAAGAAGAAAUAUGUUAAUUGAUACCUUGUGUUUAUUUGUUAUGUUCUUAUUUUACGGUAGUAGGUCAUAGAGAAUAUGAAGUGUGUGUAGGGAGGAGGUGAUGGCGGUAGAGAAGAAUAAGGAAGCUACCGUAGGAGUUUCCACGUAUUUCAUUUGGUUGGGUUGAGUUCGUCGCAACUUGUUUCGUUGUAUUCUUUCUAAUAAUUUGCUGGUUAGCAAAGAUUUCACAUUUAUGUC